CUUUCACAAACAGCCCCCCAACGGCCAUCCCUCUCUCUGCACAGCCAGUAAGUUACAACAACUCUGACCAAAAGAAAAGUGAGUUACAACAACUGAGGCGGUGGACUGGCGGUUUUACCUGAACCCUAGGGUUUGAAGGCUGAGCUUUGAACUUUUCCGGCGAUGCUUUCCCUCAGUUCCACCGAAUUGAACUACCUGGUCUUCCGCUACCUCCACGAAUCAGGUUUCACGCACUCAGCUUACGCUUUCGGAUUCGAGGCGGGCAUCGAUAAAAGCUCGAUCGACGGAAAUGUAGUUCCGCCGGGCGCGCUCGUUACUUUCCUCCAGAAAGGGCUUCAGUUUCUGGAGCUGGAGGCGGACUUGAGCAGCAAUAGUGAUGCGGAGAUGGAGGAAGACUUGUCGUUUCUGCAACCGUUGGAUCUCAUCACGAAAGAUGCAUACCAGUUGCAGAAAAUGGUGAGGGAGAAGAAGGAUAGGAUGAACGCCGCGGCGAUUGAGAGGAAUGUGAGCAAGGAGGAAGGUGGAAGGGAGAAUGGGAGGGAAGUAGAGGAGGAGAGGAGAGAUAAGGAAAAAGAAGAAGGGGAGGAUGGAGACGAUAAGCUGGAGAAGGACAAAGAGCAAGAAAUUGGUAAAGUUGAGGAGAAGACACACGAGGAGGAUUGUAAUUUGAUGGAGAAGUUGGAACCUGAAGAAAAUGAAACUUCUGGGGGGGUGGAACCAAUGGAUAUCACUCCAAUCUCAACAUCCUUGCCUUGUGAAAUUCCAAGUCGCGAUUUAACAGUUCUAGAAGGCCAUACCUCUGAGGUUUUUGCUUGUGCAUGGAGUCCAUCAGGUUCCCUUCUUGCAUCUGGGUCUGGAGAUUCAACGGCGCGAAUUUGGACCAUUGCAGAUGGCAGUUGUGGAUCUGGCAUGCAAAAUGAACCUGCAAAUGUUGCAGUGUUGAAGCAUUUCAAAGGUAGAGCCAAUGAGAAAAGCAAGGACGUGACGACACUUGAUUGGAAUGGUGAUGGGACGUUGCUUGCUACAGGUUCUUAUGAUGGACAAGCAAGAAUAUGGAGUAAAGAUGGAGAGUUAAAGACUACAUUAACCAGACAUAAAGGCCCAAUCUUUUCUCUGAAAUGGAACAAGAAAGGUGAUUAUCUUUUGAGUGGCAGUGUGGAUAAAACAGCAAUUGUUUGGGACAUAAAGAGCGGAGAAUGGAAACAGCAGUUUGAAUUUCAUUCAGCUCCAACCCUGGAUGUUGAUUGGCGGAACAAUAUUUCUUUUGCAACUUGCUCCACCGAUACUUUGAUACAUGUUUGCAAGGUUGGAGAGAUCCAACCAAUCAAAACUUUCUCAGGGCAUCAGGGCGAAGUUAAUGCUAUUAAGUGGGAUCCAACCGGGACCUUGUUGGCUUCUUGCUCUGAUGAUUAUACCGCUAAGAUAUGGAGUACGAAGCAGGACAAAUAUUUGCAUGAUUUGAAGGAACAUGUUAAGGAGAUAUAUACUAUACGAUGGAGUCCUACAGGACCAGGCACAAAUAAUCCCAAUCAGCAGUUAGUGCUAGCAAGUGCUUCCUUUGACUCAACUAUAAAACUAUGGGAUGUGGAACAAGGGAGACUUCUCUACAGCUUCGAUGGCCACAGGGAUCCGGUAUACUCUGUUGCAUUCAGCCCAGAUGGUGAGUACUUGGCGAGUGGAUCAAUGGAUAAGUGCAUGCACAUAUGGUCCGUGAAGGAAGGCAAAAUUGUAAAAACAUACACAGGAAAUGGUGGGAUAUUUGAAGUUUGUUGGAACAAGGAAGGCGAUAAGGUUGCGGCAUGUUUUGCUAACAACAUAGUAUGUGUCAUGGAUUUCCGAAUGUAGAACGUCAACUUUAAUGAUUUACCUUGAACUUUUCUGUUCCUUUUUCUUUUUUUUUUUUGGUCAUGUUGGAUUGUAACAUAGAAUAUAAGCUUUAUAUCUUAAUAUGUGACAUCUUAAAUUUCUCACCGAUUACCAAUUAUUUC